CUGCGAAUGGCGAGGCGGCUUAUAUAAAUUGCAUUUCCAAUGUCCUAUAGCCUGCAUGUUAUGGGCAUUUAAGUGAAACUCUCUUUUGAGAGUGUGAUUUCAUGGAAUAUUUCUCUGGCACACUUAAUAUUCGAAUAUAUGAAGCAGCUGAAUUAAAACCGACAGCUUGUGCAACUCGUCAUGCGGUUGGACCAGCUGCUAAAUUAUAUGAACUUUUAGAUCCCUAUGUGACAAUCGAUGUGGAUGAUAAUGCAGUUGGUAAAAGUUCCACAAAAUCCCGUACAAAUAUACCACAGUGGAAUGAAGACAUUUGUGCAAGAAUCAAUUAUGCUCAACAACUUACAUUUACUGUAUAUCAUGAUGCUGCUAUUCCCCCUGAUGAUUUUGUUGCCAUCGUUGAAUUGGCUUUACGAGAUGUUCGAUUUGGUGAAGAUAUGUGGUUGGAAUUGGAACCUCAAGGAAAAUUACUUAUACGUAUUGAUUUGGCUGGUACGAGAACGGAUGAACCGCCAAGAGACCGUCCAGGAUUUCCUAGUCGAGAUAGUGCUAUUGGCGGCGUACAUGGGAAGCAUUAUCGUUGUGGUGCACUUCGUCGUAGAAUUCACCAAGCAAAAGGUCAUAAAUUUCAAGUUACAAGUUUGCGCCAAUUUACAUUUUGUUCAUUGUGCAAUGGAUUUAUUUGGGGUUUAUGGAAUCAAGGUUAUCAGUGUCAAGUGUGUACAUGCGUUGUUCACAAACGUUGUUAUUUAAAUGUAAUAACUCAAUGUCCUGGUGUAAAGUCACCUCCAAGUUGUCCAACAGCUGCUCUCCAAAGUCGCUUCAAUAUUAAUGUUCCUCACAAAUUUCGAAUUCAUACAUUUAUGCGUCCAGCAUUUUGUGAUCAUUGUGGUUCUUUGCUAUUCGGUUUAAUGCGUCAAGGUUUACAAUGCGAAGUUUGUCGUUUAAAUAUUCACAAAAGAUGUGAGAAAAAUGUUGCAUCACAUUGUGGAGUAAACACACGUAAUCUAGUAGCUGCAAUUCGACUAUGUGGACUUAAUCCAUCUGAUUUAGGUGUUAGCCCAUCAGGUACAACUACACUGACACCAGGACCUGGAGUUACCGGUCCAAGUCGAACUGCAAGUACUACUAUUUCUUCAGUUCGUCCUAUAUCGGCUGGUUCACGUGGUGUUGGUCCUUUCGGUGCUUACGGUGAUGUCGUUUUCUCAACUUCACCUGGACCUUUAAAACCAAGUAAAGGUGAUACCGGUUUUUCUAGUUCCUCAUUAAUUGGAGUCGCUCCUCACGAAAGAUCACUUAGUUCUCCUAUUUCCAUGCCAACAACAGAUCUCAGUGGUAGCGGUAUUGGUCGUGGUGCUCCUGGUGGCGGUAGCAUGGACAUAGAUGAGUCGAGCAGCAGAUAUGCAGCAUUAGAUCCUACAUCUGGAAGUGGUUCACUGAGCACUGCAGGACCAGUCGCUGGUCGACAUGGAAUGCCUGCUCAAAGACCAUCUUCAUUACAAGACCCUCCUGAUGCUCAUGGAUGUACCACAGCUUCACAGAUUCCUUGUUUAAUGGAUUUUACAUUUCUCAAAGUAUUAGGCAAAGGUAGUUUCGGCAAAGUAAUGCUUGCUGAAUAUAAAUCAACUGGUGAAGUAUUUGCUGUAAAAGUUUAAAAAAAGAAGUUAUAUUACAAGAUGAAGAUGUGGAUUGCACCUUAACUGAAAGACGUAUUCUUGUUUUGGCUGCACAUCAUCCAUUCUUGACGGCACUUUAUUGUGCAUUUCAAACUGAGG